ACAAAAAUGUGAGGUUAGAAAGCUUGUAAAAGUGAGGUUAGUUUGCAUUUGCAAUCUGGAAGUCCUGGAAGUUUGUUUUUCAUUCCCCACGUGCUGUGUACCCAGGAGGUGUGUUCAGGAAGCAUUUUCACACGCAAAAUGACCACAAUUGGGUCGGAAAAAAGGAAAAGUGGCGCAAAGGAUGAACCACAGGGGAAGAAAGUGCGAAAAGACACCACAGAUGGAGGGAAUUUCGCGAAGAAACCCCCAAAAUUCCCCGGAAAGAAUUUCCAGGGUGACGGGAAGUUUCCCGGAAAGGCUUUUCAGCAGAAGAAUCCCGUGCCGGAGAAGCAGGAUUGGAAGAAAUUCAAGCAGCAGAAGAAAGAGUUGCGAAUUAAGCGGAAGGAGAAGCAGAAGAGCAAAGAUUUGGUGGAUGUUGUGAAUGAGGCGAAGAAGAUCUACGAGCAGCUCAAAUGCAAGACGACAAAGGGACGAGCAGACAUGGCUGCAAAGCUGCACAAUCUCCUCAAGGGAGGUGAUAAAUACAGCAAAAUGGUACUGAGUCACGACACAGCUCGUAUUGUUCAGUGUCUGCUGAAGGUAUCCCCACCAGCUGUCCGGGGGGAGAUCUUUGAGAAGCUGAGCGGCUGCCUGGCUGCCAUGGCAAUGUCCAAGUAUGCGCAUUUCUGUGUCCUGGCCAUGCUGAAGCAUGGCUCAGCUGAGACACGUGAGCGUCUCAUUGAGGGUCUCUUUGGGAACUACGUGAAGCUGUGCAGUCAUUCCUUUGGGCACACCAUUGUAGAUUCAAUCUACAUCACCUGGGCCACGGCACAGCAAAAGUCCUGCAUGCGCCAGGAGUUCUACAGCGAUCUCUAUCGCAAGGACAAGGAUAGGAAUGUCAAAUGCCUCGUGGAUACGUUCAAGGAUGCCGCACACAUGAAGAAUAUCGUCAUGGGGACGCUGAAGCAGCACAUCGUGAAGGCAGUGAAUAAGAAGCUUGUGGAUAAUAGCCUGUUUCACGGAGUUCUCGUUGAAUACCUCACGGAGUGCUCAGAUGAGGAUAAAUUGGAGAUGGCGACGGCUUUUAGUGGCCUCCUGGCAUCCCUGGCCAGCACACGCGAAGGCACCCGAGCUGCCACGCUCUGCUUCUGGUACGGAACAGCCAAGGAACGCAGAUCGGCACUCAAGCAUCUCCGGGAGCACGUUGAGAAGGUUUGUGUGCAUGAAUUUGGCUACUACCUCAUCCUGGCCAUCUUGCACACCAUUGACGACACGAAGAUGCUCAAGAAGACCCUCCUGGAUACGAUUGUGGAGAAAGUGGAGACACUGGUGCAGCACGAAGGUGGCCGGAAGGUCAUUGAGUGGAUGAUUCAGCCGGGAGAUACAAACAACUUCCACCCUUCGGUCACUUCGGCUCUCAAUGAUGGGCUCAAAUACUCCAAGAAGGACGUCUCAAUUCGUCGCACGGAAAUCCUCGAAGCCGUCCAGGCUGAUCUUGUGGCUGCUGUGAGGAAGAAUGCCAAAUUCUGGCUCUCAAAUGGACACAUUGCCCGUACAACUGCCACAAUUCUCAGCCGGGAGCACGCAGGCAUCACGGAAGCUUAUCAGAAUCUUGCAAAGGUCAUCAGUGAUCCUUCCUGGACACUUGAGCCGCCCAAAGAGGAAGAGAAUGCCGAGGAAUCAGACGAGGAGAAGCCCGAAAUGCCCAAGAAAAAGUUCCGGAAGGUUAAGAAUCCCCUUGAGAAGCCUCAAUCCAAGGACGUCCCAGCGGCUCCGCAGGUUGGAGUUGAGGAUGCCGGACUACACAUUGUCCUGAAGAAAUUCAUCAAAAUUCCCACCUUUGCUGGGAUUCUCCUGGACAGUUUAACGGAAGAAACGGUGGAGAAAUGGCUGCCCAUCAAUCGGGGUUGCUUCCUCCUUGCUGACAUCCUCAAGGGGGCCCCGGAGACGGAGAAACUCCUACAAAUGCUGCGGGAACGCCGAGAGGGGAUUGAGAAAGAAAAUUCCCCCGGAGCUCGUGUUUUGUUGGAGAAAAUAUAGAGAAAAGAACUUUUAAAUACAUCCAA